AUGUUUCGUCAAAGAACAAGCUCCCAAAAACCAGGGUAUGAUCUUCUCGCCAACUUCCGACAACAAUUCCCAGAAGUUGCCGUGGUCAGAUCCUCGACCGCAGCGCCGGGUAUCUUACAGACUAUUGCUGGCGAGAAGCCAAUUCUACCCGCUGCUCCGUUACCCGAUAGAUCGCAAGGUCUCGGUCAGGAUGCCUUCCGCAACCAGGACCCGACUCCACGGGCUACCGACGAGCCUUGGAGAUUCACACCUUCUCUAUUAGACCCUAACUCUAUGUCCUUUGCCAGCUUUGCCAAUGCACCUCCUGGUUACUACACACCUACUCCGAGUAGUACUAACACACUUUUUCACCCACAAGCGGGCAACGUGCAAACCCCGACCAUGGGUCUCGGCAUGGGUCUCGGCACGCCGCUUUCUAUGCCCAACUCAGGAGACGUGGUGCAAUCCGUACCUGGCCCUGCAGUUGUUGAGAUGGCCGGAUUCCAACCUUUGCCAGCUCAUCCGUUUCACCAUUUCAACCCCUUCAUCCAGGCCCCCCUUCCGCAGCAGUCCUUUGCGCCAUCCACCUUUGUUCACCAGGACACCGGCUAUGAGGCUAUGGACUCGGAACCCUCUGAAGAGCGAAUGUCCUCGAUUGGCGCAACUCUCCAGAAGUUGGGUCCCAUGAUGGGACUUCAGACUCGCCAAUUCCCCCGCACGCACAUGGCACAUCAACUGCCUCCUGCCGAGAAAUUCCGAUUCCAUUGCACCCUGAACGCACCCACAGCCAUGAUUAAGCAGUCAGACGAGAUCCCUGUCACUUAUCUUAAUAAAGGACACGCCUAUUCUCUGUGUGUCGCUGAUACCAACUCGACCUUGCUAGUUGCUCCAGGCACCAGAUAUCGCACAUUUCGGCAACGGCCCGGCGUUUGUUGGGGGCUUUGGAAAGAUGGGAGGGGAACUAACGAGGCGCAUCAACGAGGUGGGAAAUUACAGGCAGUCGAAUUUGUCGAAGCCGGGCAGCCAGCGGAGGGAGACGGCAAGCGAACCUGUGUGGAGCUAGAGACGUCCUCCUUUGACGGUUUCUCUGUUAUCUGGACCCCCGGUAUCAACGGCUCCGCGGAGGUCAACAUUGCGGUCCGCUUCAACUUUUUAUCGACCGAUUUUAGCCGUUCCAAUGGCGUGAAGGGUAUUCCAGUCCGGCUAUGCGCGAAGACGAACCCGGUCCCUUGCGAUUCGUCACGGCCCGCUGCCGACGCCAAUCCAGAGACGUGCUUCUGCAAGGUGAUGCUUUUCCGUGACCACGGUGCGGAGCGCAAACUUUCCAACGACGUGGCUCACGUUAACAAGUCAAUCGACAAACUCAAGCAGCAAAUCGCUCAGGCGGAAAGCGGACUCAAGGAUUUCGGCAAGCGAAAACGUUCAAGUGGUGCAGCCAGGAUCAUUGAAGCACAAAGGCCUGGUGGCGGUGGAAGGCCGUCUAUGGAAGAAGACCAGCACUUUAAGCUACAGACUCUCCAGUACAUGUUUACCAGACCGCGGCCUGUCAGUAUUCUAUAUCUAAGAGGCGAAGAACUUGACGACCCCGAUCUCCACCCCGUCUCGCUUCCGGGAGACGUAUCGCCGCUGACCAAGCCGGAGGGCCAGGAUGGUUCCAACUGGCAGGCCAGGAGCGGCCACAGCUCUGUCACAGGAUCGAUGAUUUACCCCUCACCCAGUUCGCUAUCGCUGAUAUCGCAAACUUCUGGUAUUGGCUCCGGAGGCCAGCGGCAGGGCUUUGACUCCAUUGGCCCAAGUAACACGUCGCGCAAGGGAUCCGAAGCACCCACGAAAGUCAGCAAGAUAGAAGACGACGGCAGUCUCAACGGAUGGAUUGAGGCGCUCGGCGUUGACGCAUCUUAUCGUCCUCCCCUGGAACCCGCACCAAAACCUGUCGCAUGCCUCUAUAUUCUACGGCGCACCCAGGGUUCGACAAGCAAGCCAGAUUAUCAUCGGGCCAUCUAUCUGAUGCAACGCUCGCUCAAAGAGCUGAACAACAAGAUUGCGGCCAAGUGGGAUCUCGACCCCUCCAAGAUCCUCCGUCCCAUCCACUCCAUUCAGAACAGUUUGGAUGUUGAGAUGGAUGAUGAUGAUAUCCAGGAGUUGAGAGAAGGCCAAGACAUGGUUCUUGUGAUUGAGGAGGUUGCCGGCAAGCCCGCAGAUGUGAAGCAGGAGUGGGGAAUGGCGGUUGAUCCCAUGAAUGACUUGACUGAGCCACCAGCGAACCAACAGGUGGGCGGCUACGUCCUCCGACUUGCGUUCUAA